UUACAGCACUCUAAGCCCAGCGACCUGCAGCUUUAUAUAGAGCUAAAUUUACCAAAACUCUACGUUGUUUCCUGAGCUCUCACAAUUGGCCAGGCGAUCUGUGCUCGUAGAGUUAUAAGGUCGGGGAGGACCUCCUACCACUUUUAAACUGGUGUUUGACGCGCAGCUGAGGAGAGAUAGAGAGAGAGGCAGACAGGGGAGAACCGUGAAAGCACUUGAAACUCUGGCGCGGCUGCCGCUCCGCUCAACUCGGACCGAGACAGCUCGUUGUGUUUGUUAGUUCGCCCCCCCCCCAAAAAAACGAUGGCCUUGUCAGGAGUGAUGCUGCCCUCAUUUUCGACGUUCUCUAACCAAAGAGAAAAAAACUGGGAAAAUAGGUGGAAAGGAGAGAUGGACAAGCUCGCACCUACGAGUUGCUCCAUGCUUGAACUGGUACAGAGCCUGGACAGCCAGAGCAAGAAGGACGAGGAGGAUCUGAGCAAUUACUUGGACCUGGAUUUUAUUCUCUCCAACACGACGGGACUAGACAGCGCGGUGGAAUACGUCGGCGCGGCCGAUGCCGGCAUGUACACGGCAAGCGGGAACUCCGUGCCGCAGUUCCCCGCCGAGGACCACCGCUCCCCGCCUCCUCCCUACGGCGCCAGCCUCAUGACGGAGCUGCUCCGCUCCGACGCGCCCGGCGGCUACAGCGUGACGCGCAACCCCGGCGUUCAGGGGAGAUUUUACGUCAACGCGUCGCAGUUCCCCCGUCCGGAGAACAUCAAGAUCGAGCCGGCCAUGGACAGUUACGGCCCCGUUCUGGGCAUGGUCCCCCAGAGCUGCAGCAGAAUCAAGCAAGAGGGCAACGUGUCGUGCAUGAUGUCCUUCGAGCAGCCCCGGGUGGCCAUCUCCCCGCGGGCGGCCAGCAGCAUGACCCCGCCGCUGAGCCCCGACGACCAGCAAGCCACGGACUGCCAGGCGCAGCUGUGCUUCCAGCAGAAAUACCACCCGGCCGCGUCCUUCCAGCACCACCCGCAGGCUCCGCAGAUGCAGAUGCCCUACCACGCUCCGCACCCGGGCUUCGGGAUGUACGACGAGGGUCUCGCCCUGCAGCCCGCCGGCGCGCAGAGGGUGAUGCUCACCCCUCCCUCGUCCCCGCUGGAGCUCCUCGAGUCCAAGCCCAAGAGAGGGAGACGUACGUGGCCGCGGAAGCGCACGGCGACGCACACCUGCACGUUCGCCGGCUGCGGGAAAACCUACACCAAGAGCUCACACCUGAAGGCACAUCUGCGAACUCACACCGGUGAGAAGCCAUACCACUGCAGCUGGGAAGGUUGCGGGUGGAAGUUCGCCCGCUCCGACGAGCUGACCCGUCAUUUUCGUAAACACACCGGACACAGACCCUUCCAGUGCCACCUGUGCGAGCGCGCCUUCUCCAGGUCUGACCAUUUGGCGCUCCACAUGAAGAGACACAUGUGAAGGAGCUCACCAAAGGACUUGAGGGUGUUCACAAAAAAGGGGGGGAUGUAUUAUUUUGUAUUGUGAUUCAGUUGUAUUUUUAUUUAAAAUGCUCUCCAUGUGGCCAAAUUCUGUUUAUAUAUAUAUAUAUAUAUAUAUAAUAUUGACUUAAAAAAAAACGUUUUAGUGUAUGUUUUUUUUUUUAAAUAAUGUAGCUGGUACUACUUUGGUUGUAUAAAGAAAGCUUUGGAAAAGCUUUGUUUGCUUAAGAGCAGGCAGACCAAGAAGGGGCUGGCCCUGUAUAUACUACUCUUCUUUGACAGAACUGGAACGCUGUGUUUGACACAAAAAGUGCCUUUCUAUGACUGUGCUACUGUAAAACUCUUUGUAACAGAACGACGUGGCCAAAAAAAAAAA